AGCCAAACACAACAUCUCUGUUCUUCAAAAACAAAUGUUUCCACAUCGUUCCGUUUAGUCGACUGCUUCGACACCAUGCUUGAGUGCUCAAGACACAGUGACCUUUGCCAUCACACAAAGUACAAGAAUCUGAUGAGCGAACACUGUGCUAAAGCUUGUAAAUUCUGUCAGCCAAACGGUAAAGGUCGAAAUAAAAAGUAA